CCUCAACAUCAUCGCAGCUAUCAUCGUUACCACUGAUGAUGAGAGACUAAAGAUGAAGAUGGAUAGGAGAGAGACUGGUAUUGUUCUUUCUCGUGAGAAGCGACAGAACCUCUGGCGUGGAGACGGCAUUCCUGUUGACUGGGCUUGGGUCUAUGAUAACUCUGAAGCCAGCUGGCCAGGAUUCCGUGCCAAGCUUGUCAGUGCGUUGAAGAGGGACGGGGUAGAUCUUAAAUUUGUUCUUAUCUUUGGUCCAGAUGCCAUCACUGCGGGUGGUGGAUAUAACCCUGAGUGCUGGAACUGCGGCGAUGCUAUUACCAGUGACAUUUCUCGCUCUGUUGACUUUCGCUACCCCAACAGUCUCCGACAACUGGCAGGUUGCGAGCCCUGGAUAAACCUGGAGGAUGGUCGAGCUCGGUUUGAUAACAAGAUCUCAAUUUGUCGCCAGAACCGAACCCGGCCCAGGGGGACUAUCCGAUUCAUACCAUGUGAUCUGGACCAACGACCUCAAGAUGCGCCUAGCUCGACUAAGAUUCGAGAGAUCAUUGAGAGCUCGCCUGAGGAAGAAUGGGAGGAGAAGCUGAAGGGUAUCGCACUCCACCCGAAGCUUUUGGUUGAGUAUCUGAAGGAGCUUCCUCCGCCUACAAAGCCUGCCACCGAGUCGAAGGAAGAUCUUGCGAAGAAGGAGUGGGAAAGGAUUGUUUGGUAA